CCCUCUCUCUCUUCCACACUGACUCGAUCUCAUUUACUCACUGCCUCCUGUUUUUACACUUACACUUCUUGUUUCUUUGUGUUUUUUCACACCCUCUCUUUCUCUGUUUUCCAAAAGCUUAGCCAAAAAAAAGCCGAGGGGAUUUAAGUGAGAAAGCGAAUUGGUUUUUUUUUUUGGGAAAGUUUGUGUCUUUGCCGAAGUCUUUUAAUUCACUCCUUCAUUUCCAACCAUGGCUUCAAUAUCCACUAGUACUGCUACUUCCAUUAGUGGAGCUCCACCACCCUUUUACUUUGACGAGAAGUGGAAAUUGUCAAAGAAAGAAGGUUCUUCAAGAAGCCGAUCUUCCACAGCAGCAACAACAGCAACUAGUGCCACUACUCCUUUCAUGAAGAAUAGUUCUACUUCUUCUUCUUCUUCUUCCUCACACAGAAGGUGUUCUUUCUCAAGAAAGUGUGCUAGGCUUGUGAAGGAACAAAGAGCAAGGUUCUACAUCGUGAGGCGCUGCGUGACUAUGCUCAUUUGCUGGAGAGAGUAUAGCGAUUCUUAAAGAAAUGAGUUUUAUAGAGGGAAAGAGAGAGAUGGCUCUCUAGAGGGACUAAACAAAGAAAGUUCACUCUUUUUUCUCAUGCCUCUCUCUCUUUUUCCUCUUUUCUUUCCAUGAGAUCGUUAUU